AUGACAAGCCAGGUUCUAGAAGCAUCCAGCAGUGUUUAUGCCAGUGCCGUAGAAAGAACCAAGAGAGUUGCAUCAGAGGAAGAGGAUGUCGGGUUCGAGGAAGAUAUACUCAAAAAUCCUUUUUCACUUCGGAGUUGGUUGAGAUAUAUCGAACAUAAAAAGAAAUGUAAAGCGCCGUCAAAACAAAUCAACCUGGUUUAUGAACGUGCUCUAAAAGAACUUCCGGGCAGCUAUAAACUAUGGUAUAAUUAUCUUCGAUUUCGUCGGAAACAAGUGGUAGAUAAGUGUCCUGUAGAUCCAGCAUAUAAGUACGUUAACAAUGCUUAUGAACGAGCACUGGUCUUCAUGCAUAAGAUGCCUCGCAUAUGGAUGGAGUACUGUGAAUUCUUAACGUUACAACGUCUUGUGACGCAAACUAGACGAGUUUUCGAUCGCUCUCUACGAGCAUUGCCAGUUACUCAACAUGAUCGAAUUUGGCCGCUCUAUAUCAAGUUUGUAACAAGCCAUGAAAUUCCGGAAACGACAAUUAGAGUCUACAGGAGAUACUUAAAAUUGUUACCAAAGUGUCGUGAAGAUUUUGUUGAUUACUUACGGAAUAUUGAUCAGUUAGAUGACGCCGCUCAACAACUUGCCGUUCUUGUGAAUGAUGAUAAGCCAUACUCCGAACAUGGCAAAACAACUCAUCAACUAUGGACUGAUUUGUGUGAAUUGAUUUCGAAAAAUCCAAAUAAAGUGCAUUCAUUGAAUGGUGAUGCAAUCAUACGACAGGGCAUACAGAGAUAUAGCGACCAGGUAGGACUUCUAUGGUGCUCGCUAGCGGAGUAUUAUAUCAGAGGCGGGCACUUUGAACGGGCAAGAGAUGUGUAUGAAGAAUCACUGAUAUCGGUCAAAACUGUACGGGACUUCACGCAGGUAUUUGAUGCUUAUGCCAAAUUUGCGGAACGUGCAACAGCAGCAAAAAUGGAUGAAAUAGAUAAUGAGGACACUGCAGCUGAUGAAGAACAACAAUUAGAAUUAGAGCUUCUUUUCGCAAGAUUUGAGCAUUUAAUGGACCGUCGACCACUUCUUUUAAAUAGCGUUUUGUUGCGCCAAAAUCCUCAUAAUGCAUAUGAAUGGUUAAAUCGUGUCCGAUUAUAUGAAGGCAACAGUAUGAAGCAAAUCGAGACCUAUGAGCAAGGUGUCCGAACAGUGCAACCAAAACUACAAACUGGGAAGUUGUCAAAUAUUUGGAUAAGUUUCGCGAAAUUUUAUGAACAAAAGGAUAUGUUGGAUGAAGCUAGGUUAGUAUUUGAAAGAGGACUAAGACCUGAAUAUACCAAAGUAGAUGAUCUUGCAUCGGUAUGGUGUGAGUAUGUUGAAUUUGAGCUGCGCCAUCGGAAUCCUGAAUAUGCUAGAAAACUAAUGCAAAGAGCAACUGCUAUGCCACCUCGAAAAACUCAUUACUUUGAUGAAACUGAACCAGUCCAGAAUCGGCUAUACAAAUCAUUAAAGAUUUGGUCUUUGUACGCUGAUAUCGAAGAAGCAUUUGGCACUCUUGAAAGUUGUCAGGCUGUUUAUGAAAGGAUUAUUGAUUUACGUAUUGCUACUCCACAAGUAGUGGUUAAUUAUGCUAAAUUUUUGGAGGAAAAUAAUUAUUUUGAGAAUGCUUUCAAGGCUUAUGAGAAAGGAAUAGCAUUGUUUAAAUGGCCAGUUGUCAAUGAAAUUUGGACCGUAUAUUUGGUUAAAUUUCUGAAGCGAUAUGGUGGCAAGAAACUGGAACGUGCGCGCGACUUGUUCGAGCAGUGCUUAGAAAAUUGCCCUUCAAAAUUUGCAAUGAAGCUUUAUUUAUUAUAUGCAAAGUUGGAAGAAGAAUAUGGUUUGCCACGGCACGCAAUGAACAUUUAUAAUCGUGCGACUACUGCAGUUGAAAAACAUGAAAUGUAUAGUAUGUUCAAUAUUUACAUCAAAAAAGCGACAAGCAUGUACGGUUUAACAUUCACAAGACCAAUAUUUGAACAUGCCGUUGAAGUUCUUCCGGAAGAUCAGUCCAGGGAAAUGAGUAUUCGAUUUGCACAAAUGGAAAGAACACUGGGUGAGAUUGAUCGAGCACGAGCAAUAUAUGCUCACUGUUCUGAAAUAUGUGACCCUCGGGUUCAUGGGAUGUUCUGGGAAAUUUGGAAGGAAUUUGAAGUGAAGCAUGGUAAUGAGGAUACGGUAAGGGAGAUGUUGCGUAUAAAAAGAUCGGUGCAAGCAACUUACAACACAAACGUUAAUAUCAUGAGUGCACAGAUGUUAUCCACAGCAGCGGGUGCAGGAACUGGUACAAUCAUCCAUGAACCAAGCACGGCUGGUGAUAGCAUGGCAAUGCUUGAAGCUCGUGCUCAGAAGAUCGCCGAAGAAGAGGCAGGUGUAACGAAGGUAGCAGUUGGCGGCACAGGUAUAAAAUUUGUACGAGGAGCUAUCCGUGUGGUCGAAUCAAACGUUACUGAAAAUCCAGAAGAAAUUGAUAUUGAAGAUGAUGACGGCGAUGAUGAACAAAAAAUUUUAGACGAUGUGGAAACGAAAGCUAUACCCACAGGUGUUUUGGGUUCACUUGCAAAAGAAAAUGAUCAAUGA